AUGUCCCUGCACCUGAGGACACCAUCUGCUGCUGUUGAUGCGGUUGAUGUGGUUGAUGCGGUUGAGGAUGUUGAUGCUGGUGGUGGUCGUCCGACGAUCUGGUCGCGGAGGUCAAACUCUAAGGAGGUCUAUGAUGUUGAUGACAGUGACCUGGUUGAGGACGCGUUCAAACUGGAGAACAUCCCAACGACAAGCUCCUUGGCCGCUGCCGUACUCAAGGCAAUCAAGAACACCCACGCCUACAAUCCCCGCCUACGAAAUUGA